CCUCUAUUUCGUGCUCUCUCCUCAAACCUCUCUCCCUCAUCAUCUUCGUUCUCUCUUCAAAAACCUCUCUCUCAUAUCUCACACUAUUUCACUCCUCUUCUCACAAGAAAAGUACAUCAACACCAAACUCAUUCAUGGCGGUUGAGGCUCAGCAUCAUCACCCCUCUGUGUUUGUUCCAUCUCAGUUGAUGCCGAAUAGAGAUUUCAUUAAGAGUAAUCAAGCAAACGGCAAUAUGUACAAUAACCAGAUGGAUUCCGGUCUGCUAUCAAUGCCGGAAAAUAAUCUUAUGGCGUUGUAUCAGUCGCACAUAUGUGAUCAAGCUAAGACGUCGAUGAACCAAGCGGAGAGUGGUCUCACAUACAACAACAUCAUAUCUGCUCCGAGAAAGAGGUCGAGAGAUUCGUUCAUGAAUGAGUUUAACAAUUUUACGGUUCCUCAGCAGAAGAAACUAUCUUCCGGUCUUACGUCACCGUUUCUCGACCAAGACAUUGCCUUUCAGAUCCAACAGCAGCAAUCGGAGAUCGACCGAUUCAUUGCCCAUCAUACGGAAAAAGUGAGACUAGAACUCGAAGAACAAAGAAGACGAGAAUCACGAAUGUUAGUGUCGGCAAUCCAAGACAGAAUCGUCAAGAAACUACAAGAAAAAGAUGACGAGAUACAGAGGAUGGGCAAGCUCAAUUGGGUUCUACAAGAAAGGGUGAAGAGCCUAUUCGUGGAGAAUCAAAUAUGGAGGGACUUGGCUCAAUCAAACGAAGCCGCGGCCAAUUCUCUGCGCUCCAAUCUAGAGCAAGUCCUAGCGCACGUCAGCGAAGAAGGGCACCACACCGGAAACUUUGGUACUGCCCCAGCUGCGCCCGAAGAUGAUGCAGAGUCAUGUUGCGGUAGCAAUGAUUACGGACAUGAAACCGAAGCUGAAGGGCGGUUACGGUUAGGUGGUUGCACCGACACGGUGGUUGGCGGUGGCGAUAGGAUGUGCAAGAGGUGUGGCGUGAGGGAGUCAAAGGUGUUGUUGCUGCCAUGCAGGCAUCUUUGCCUAUGUACAAUGUGCGGGUCCACCCUUCAGAAUUGUCCAGUAUGUGAUUCUGUCAUGAAUGCCAGCGUGCAUGUUAAUUUCUCUUAGAAUUUAAUUUUAGAGUCAAAUACAUUUUGGAAAAGAAAAACAGAAGGAAAUUAGUGUAACAAUUUGUUUAUUAUUUCUCUCCUUUUGCCUCAAGUACAUAUUAAUAUGGUU